AUGGAGGGUCUCUACAUGACCGAUCCCACCCUCGGUUUAUCUGAAAAGGAUCACAAGACACUCUUUGAGCAAACCCCAGGACUGAGUCCUUUCGAUCCCGCGGGGCAUUUGACAGACGAGAGUGGCCACAGCGUCAACGACUCGGGUCCUUCAACGCCUACACACGACAUCGACUCAUUUGAAGGUAAUGGAAAUCAUGACAGCGAUGAUAGCCAAGUCAUCAGGCCAUAUGCCAUUGAGGAGCCGGACGACGAACCAGAUGCCACAUUGCCAAGGCACGAUCUACCAUGUCUUCCAGACUAUUUUGAACGCUGGCAGCGAGACUUGAGAGAAUAUAUGAACGGUCUGAAUCUUCAACCUGACAACAGCAAUAUAACCAAACAGCUCACCCUGGGAAAGAGGGGACAGAAGAGAAAGCCAGUCUCUACUGCGAGCUCUACACAUUCUCAUUGUGGCUCUCAUUCCUUCAGGCGAAGAUCUACAUUGGCAGAGCCCCAACGUGAAGUACAUGAUGAUAACCGCAAAAGACGAAGAGGAUACAGCGGAGAGUCUUGGGAUCACCAUGACACCGAUUCGUUCCACGCUUUCAGGGAGCCCAAAACGAAUGAAAGUUCAAGUUCCGAGGCCCAAACGCCCGACCUGAGCGGUACCGAGACCAUGGAUGAUUCUGCAGCCGACGAGAUGGACAUUGAUUGA